AUGGGGACUUGGAAGACAUUUUGGUUGAUCAUCUCCCUUGCAGCUAGUCUGGGCUUCAUUAAGUCACAAAUGAUUGUCUGCAGGGAGGCCUCUAAGGGGGAUGUCGUGUUUCUGGUGCACACCAGCGUCAACCCCCAGCACGCCCGCAGUGUGCGGAGAUUCUUGUAUAUCUUGGCAAACAGCUUCAAUGUCAGCAAAGACACCAUCCGUGUGAGUCUGGCCCAGUACAGUGAUACACCUGCUUCUGAAUUCCUGCUUUCUACCUACCACCGCAAAAGUGACGUGUUGAGACACAUCCAGCAACUUCAGUUUAAGCCUGGAGGCAACAAGAUGGGCCAGUCUCUGCAGUUCAUCCUAGAGCAUCACUUCCAGGAAGAAGUGGGGAGCCGGGCAAACCAAGGGGUGCCCCAGAUGGCCCUGGUGAUGAGCAGUGGCCCAGCUGAGGACAACAUCCAGGAACCUGCCGAAGCGCUCAGGAGGGCAGGAAUCUUGCUAUAUGCGGUUGGCGUUGGAGAUGCAGCUCAGGCUGAGCUCAGAGAGAUCUCGAGUAUUCCCAAGGAUAAAUUCACCUUUUUUGUUUCCAACUUCUCUAGCCUGCCUGGCCUCGCCCAGAAGCUGCGGCAAGAGCUCUGCAGUACUCUAGCAAAGGAAGCUCAACCCACUGAGCACAAGUCUCCAGUUUGUGCAGAAGCAUCCCUGGCUGACAUUGUGUUUUUAGUGGACAGCUCAACUAGCAUUGGACCCCAGAACUUCCAGAAAGUAAAGAACUUCCUUCACUCUGUUGUCUUGGGGCUUGACAUCAGCAAUGAUCAGGUCCAAGUGGGACUAGUCCAGUAUAGUGACAACAUCCAGCCCGCCUUUCAGCUGAAACAGUCCUCUCUGAAGAGCAUGGUCCUGGAAUGGAUCCGGAAUCUGUCCUACAGCACAGGAGGCACAAAUACAGGAAGUGCCCUAGAGUACAUCAGGGCCAACUACUUGACUGAGAUGAGUGGAAGCAGGGCCAAGGAUGGGGUUCCUCAGAUAGUUAUCCUGGUGACAGAUGGGGAGUCAAAUGAUGAGGUCCAGGAUGCAGCUGACCAGCUGAAAAGAGAUGGAGUCCUUGUGUACGUGGUAGGGGUCAAUGUUCAAGAUGUCCAAGAGUUGCAAAAAAUAGCCAGUGAGCCAUUUGAGAAGUUUCUCUUCAACACAGAAAACUUCAGCAUCUUGCAGGAGUUCUCAGGAAGCCUCCUUCAGGCUCUGUGUUCAACAGUGGAGAGACAGAUGAAAAAGUCUACCAAGACCUAUGCAGAUGUGGUCUUUCUUAUUGACACCUCACAGGAAACAUCACAGGCCAGUUUCCAGUGGAUGCAGUAUUUCAUCUCUGGAAUUAUUGGCAUGCUGGAGGUUGGCAAGGACAAGUACCAGAUUGGGCUGGCUCAGUACGGUGAUCAAGGUUACACUGAGUUUUUGUUUAAUACCUACAAGACCCGGAAUGAGAUGAUCACACACAUCCAUGAGCAUCUGGUGCUCCGAGGUGGCUCCAGGAGGACAGGCCGAGCCCUUCGGUUUCUUCACCAGACUUUUUUCCAGGAAGCAGCAGGAAGCCGGAUCUUCCAGGGCGUUCCCCAGUAUGCAGUGAUCUUUACCUCAGGCAAAUCUGAGGGUGAGGUUGGAGAUGCUGCACAGAUCCUGAGGAAGAGAGGCGUGAACAUCAUGUCUGUGGGGGUGCAGGACUCUGACAGGACGGAACUGGAGGGGAUAGGGUCUCUGGUGUUUGUGGCUGACCUGCAGGGAGAAGACAGAGUCAGGCAGCUCUUGCAGGAUGUGAAUGUGGUGAUCCAGGGGACUCAACAGCCUGAGGUCAGGAUAGAGGCUGCAGAUGGAGCUGCUGGAGCAUGUCCAACUGCCGUUCCAGCUGACUUGGUGUUCCUUGUUGAGGAAUUUAGCAGGGCCAGGCAAUCCAAUUUCCAACAAGUUGUCCAUUUCCUGAAGACCACUGUCCAAUCUCUCAACAUUGAUCCUCAUGCCGUGAGAAUCAGCUUGGUCUUUUACAGUGAGGAACCACAGCUGGAGUUUUCCCUGGAUACAUAUCAAAACGCUGCCCAAAUCUUACAGCAUUUGGACAAGCUGACCUUCCACGGAAGAAGAGGAAGGAUGAAGGCCGGUUAUGCUUUGGAUUUCCUGAGGAAUGAAGUUUUCAUUUCAGAGAAGGGUGGCCGGUCCAAUCAAGGUGUGCCGCAGAUAGCUGUGGUCAUCAUGGAAAGCCCCUCUGUAGACAAUGUGUCCACCCCUGCUUCUCACCUCCGCAGGGCUGGGGUCACCAUCUAUGCAGUGGGCAUCCAGCCUGCCUCUGAGAGUAAGGACCUGGAGAAGAUUUCUACAUACCCUCCCUGGAAGCAUGCCAUCCGCCUAGAGUCCUUCCUGCAACUCGUCAUUGUGGAAAACAAACUUAAAAACAGGCUCUGCCCUGAGACCGUGAGCAGAAUCUAUCCUCAGAUGAGUUUUACUCUAGAAAGAUCACAAGAAGGUUGCGUGCAUGUGGAGAAGGCGGAUAUUUACUUCCUUAUUGAUGGAUCUGGCAGCAUCAGACCAAUAGACUUCAUUGAAAUGAAGGCAUUCAUGAAGGAGGUGAUAAGGAUGUUCCACAUUGGGCCUGACAGAGUACGAUUUGGAGUCGUUCAGUACUCAGACAAAAUUAUAAGCCAGUUUUUCCUCAGCCAGUAUGCCAGCACGGCCGAGCUGAGGACAGCCAUCGAUGACAUCCAACAGGGAGGAGGUGGUACCACAACCGGUGAAGCCUUGAGCAGAAUGGCCCUGGUCUUUGAAGACACUGCGAGAGUCAGUGUUGCCCGGUACCUCAUAGUCAUCACCGAUGGCCAGUCUUCAGACCCGGUGGCUGAGGCUGCGCAGGGCUUGAGGGACACGGGAGUCAACAUUUAUGCCAUUGGAGUAAGGGAUGCUAAUACGACUGAGCUUAAGGAAAUAGCAAACAACAAGAUGUUUUUCAUCUAUGAGUUUGACUCCUUGACAGACAUUCAACAGGAAGUUAUUCGGGACAUCUGCUCCUCAGAGACCUGUAAAAGCAAGAAAGCUGACAUCAUCUUCUUGAUUGACGGCUCAGAAUCCAUCGCCCCUAAGGACUUUGAAAAGAUGAAGGAAUUCAUGGAGAGGAUGGUGAACCAAUCUAAUAUUGGUGCUGAUAAAAUUCAGAUUGGCCUUCUGCAGUUCAGCUCCACUCCCCGGGAAGAAUUCAGGCUCAACCAAUACUCCUCAAAGGUGGACAUGCGCAGAGCCAUCUUGAAUGUCAAACAGAUGAAUGAUGGUACUCGCACUGGGAAAGCCUUGAAUUUCACUCUGCCUUUUUUUGACAGUUUAAGAGGAGGGAGACCCAGUGUUUAUCAGUAUUUGAUUGUGAUCACCGACGGGGUCUCCCAGGAUAAUGUAGCACCCCCCGCCAAAGCCCUCAGGGACAGAAACAUAAUUAUUUUUGCCAUUGGGGUAGGAGCGGCCCAAAGAACCCAGCUUUUGGAGAUUGCUAAUGACCAGGACAAAGUGUACCAUGAAGAAAAUUUUGAGUCCCUGCAAAACCUGGAAAAGGAAAUUCUUUAUGAGGUCUGCAGUCCCCAAGGAUGCGGUGUGGAUCUGUCUGUCGGAAUUGAUAUCUCAGCCUCUUCAGAGCGAGCUCAAUGGGAACUUCCAGAGGUGCUGCCACGGCUGAUGCAACAGCUGGCCUUGCUUUCUAACAUCAGCUGUGACACUCCUGGCCAGAUGGACCUGAGGUUCCGCUACGUGAUUCCAGGCUCCAGUGGCCAGCUUGUCUUUGACUCAGGCUUUGAGAAAUACAGUGAUGAGACCAUCCAGAAGUUCUUGAUACAUCAGGCUUCCGUGAACAACCGUAUGGAUGUAGACUUCCUCCAGUCCCUGGGAGACACUGCCAUCCACCUGUCUUUUGCUAAAGUGAAGGUCCUUUUAGUGCUUACUGAUGGACUUGAUGAGGACCCACAGAGGCUGAGGAGAACCUCAGAAUUCCUUCAUAGCAGAGGACUCUCCGGACUCCUGCUCAUUGGCCUGGAAGGUGUACAGAAGUUAGAAGAGCUGCAGGAGGUGGAGUUCGGCAGAGGGUUCGCGUACCGGCAGCCUCUGAGCGUCCAUCUGCCGUCCCUCCCCAGGGUCUUACUGAAGCAGCUCGACACAGUUGUGGAGAGGACAUGCUGUCACGUGUAUGCCAAGUGUUAUGGAGAUGAUGGGCUCCGAGGUGAUCCUGGGAGUCUUGGGAGGGAGGUAGAAUUCCUGGUGGAGGGAAUGCACACCAAGGCUGACAUCCUCACAGCCUUCUUUCUGAUUUUACAGUCAUAA